GUUCUUGCAGUUCACUGUCUAUAUUUAUUGCAUGACGUAACAAUCCAUCGGUUGAUUUUGCAUGAGUCCUUCUUCAACUGAACGUGUUAUGUUUAGACAUAUAUCAGUUGUGGAUUGAUGUUCAAAUAUGGAUUCGAGUUAUCCUGAUCUUCAAUCUAUUGUAACUGUCCUAUGCUACUUAGUUAAUCUAGUCCCUACUUGGGUCACUUCCUCUUUGAUUUUUCAGUACUUGGGUGGAUAGGAUAACCUCAACUGCAAGGUGUUUUGUUUGUCGGCUAAACGUUCAUUUCUUCUUUCUUACUCUUUUUUUACUUAUUUCAUACACGGUCCACAAAUAUUGAGGUCAGAUAGGAAGUUCACAUCUUUUUAUUCAAUAUGAAAUGAUAGUCAUUCAUUUUUUUGCUGUAGCAUAUGGGUAUAUGAGACUCAAAGGCUUUUGCUACUGUUGCUUGUUUCUGAAUUGCCUGCCUUUUUUUAUCUGAUUUGAUCACAGAUGAUGAUUGGAACCAGCAAGAGAAUUUGAAGAUUAAGUUUAUCUCCUUUAACAGAUGAACCUUCUUAUACUGGACCAAACAAGUGGAAAUGUAGAUGCUCUUUAUUACAAAGGAACCAGAUAUACUCUCGUGCUAAUUGUUCCAAAUCAUGUGAUUGUCAUUCAGCUUGUAUUUAUGGAAGACAGAAUUCAAGGAAAUUGCCAAAGACAAAUUGAGUAAAACGUGCAAGUAGAUGCUGAAGAGAGUGCAUCCAUAUGGACAUGCUUAUGUGAUUCAAAUGGGUUUCCUCAAGUGUCGGCAGGUGGCCAUAACCUUCACUGUUUUGAUGCCUGCAAUUGCACAUGGGCAACUGUGGACUUCUGUGGAAAAAUGUGAUUGAUGCAACAGCAAUCAUGGAUCUAUCAAGAUGCCACUCGGUUCAAAGAAGCAAAUUUCGAGCAAGAUUGUAGUAGUUAUUCUAUCAGUAUGUGUUACAUGCACAACUAUUGCAUUUCUUGCCUCAGUUGUAUGUCAGGUCUGCCGAAGGGAGAGAUGUUCUAUUCAAUCACCAAUGAUCUCAUCAGAUAAAGAAACAAGUUACAGUAGCACCACCAACUUAGUCAGUCAUAAGACUUCGUUGCCUGUUAGUCAUAUUACAGGAUGCUUUCAGAAGUCCUCUUUGUUGUUUGGUAGCCAAAGACAAACCUUUUAUGGAAAUAUUAUUCAAUUUUCAUUUGCUGAACUGGAAAAUGCCACCGAAAACUUUUCAACUUCCAAUCUAACUGGACUAGGUGGAAGCAGUUAUGUAUACCGUGGUCGGCUGAAAGAUGGCAGUAAUGUGGCAGUCAAGAGACUGAAAGAUCAAAGAGGGCCUGAGGCAGACUCUGAAUUUUUUACAGAGAUUGAACUAUUGUCUAGACUUCAUCAUUGUCAUCUGGUGCCAUUAGUGGGAUACUGCUCAGAACUAAAAGGAAAAAAUGUUCAAAGGUUGCUAGUGUUUGAAUACAUGACUAAUGGAAAUUUGAGGGACCGCUUAGACGGUGUUUUUGGAAAGAAAAUGGACUGGUCAACUCGAGUUAGAAUUGCAUUAGGAGCAGCAAGGGGCUUGGAGUAUCUUCAUGAAGCAGCUGCUCCUAGAAUUCUGCACAGAGACGUCAAAUCAACAAACAUUCUGCUGGACAAAAAUUGGCAAGCAAAAAUAACUGAUCUCGGUAUGGCUAAAAGCUUGAGGGCAGAUGACCACCCCAGUCGUUCAGAUUCUCCAGCAAGAAUGCAGGGAACAUUUGGUUAUUUUGCACCUGAGUAUGCAAUUGUUGGGAGAGCCUCUCUUGAGUCUGAUGUCUUCAGUUUUGGAGUGGUUCUUCUUGAGCUUAUCAGUGGUCGGCAACCCAUCCACAAAUCUGCAGGCAAAGAACAAAGUCUUGUUUAUUGGGCAAGUCCUCGCUUAAAGGAUAGCAGGCGAGUAAUAACCGAGUUGGCUGAUCCACAGUUGAAAGGAAACUUCCCAGAAGAAGAGCUGCAUAUAAUGGCAUACUUAGCUAAGGAGUGCUUGCUGUUGGAUCCUGACACUCGGCCAACUAUGACUGAAGUUGUUCAAAUUCUUUCCAGUAUCUCCCCAGACAGAUCUAGAAGGAGAAGAAACAUUCCAGUGAGACUUUUUCAGGAACCGGAGGACUUGGAGAAUCAAAGGCAAGCUCCACCAAGUAUAUUUCCAACUUGUAAUUUAUUGCCGUUAGGUGUUGACCACAAUCUUAAUGUUGGGAAUGAAGAUAAAGAUGCACAUACAGUUUCAAGUGAGGAUAUGGAGAGUUUGAUCCUUUUUAGUCCAAAGGGUGAGAACUGGCAUGCAUCAGAGGAGGAAAUGGUAGAUUUAACCGAGCCUCGUUUCGAAUCAUUUUUCAUGACAAACCCCAAUUUCCCUUGAUGAAAGCAUAGAGCAGAAGAAGUCUAAUGAAUUAAUGUUGUGGACUAUGGUACAACUCUUAUGCUACACUAUAUUCUGUAUGGUUCAGUGGGAUAUCUCGGAGGAUGCACUCUAGCCUUCAGAGUAUUCUAAUGUAAUUUAUGCAUUUUUCACUUUCCUUUAAAGGGUCUUGUGCAUAGUUUUAGAUAUGACGUAAAAAAAAUUGAUGUGCUGUUGUAAAGAAAAGGGAUAGGUGAUUCUGGUUGUACUUUAUUUGAAGAAGAAUUCAAAUGAUAGUUUUGUACGGUCAUAA